AUGGGCGCGACACUAGCCGUCAUUACUACCCUGGGCGAGAAUGGCUUCCUGAAAGGUCUUCUGGAGUCCGUGUACGGAUCACACUACUAUUGGCUUGGGGCUAAUGACGUGCUCCAAGAAGGCGUGUUUAAAUGGGAGACGGGGGAAGAUUGGGGCUUCACUGCUUGGGCAGUGACUCCUUGGGUACAACCCCUCGGGUAUGCUGGGUACAACUGCCUGGUUAUCUGGGUGAUCGGCUACGAUGGGUGGGUUGACUAUCUUUGUGAGUAUGGGGCCUGGUACGUCUGUGAGAAAGAUGCAUAG